AUGGCGACUACAGUGGACAAGAUCAAGGAAAUUGAAAGUGAAAUGGCAAAGACGCAGAAAAAUAAGGCCACGUCAUUUCACCUGGGACAACUCAAAGCAAAACUUGCAAAAUUAAAACGAGAACUGCUCACCCCUACUUCUAGUGGAGGUGGAGGAGGAUCUGGCUUUGAUGUUGCCAGAACCGGUGUGGCCUCGGUGGGCUUCAUCGGCUUUCCCUCUGUGGGAAAGAGUACGUUGAUGAGCAAGCUGACCGGACAACACUCCGAAGCAGCGGCCUACGAGUUCACAACCUUGACCACAGUCCCAGGACAAGUCUUGUACAAUGGAGCGGCUAUACAAAUGCUGGAUCUGCCUGGUAUUAUUCAGGGCGCAAAAGACGGAAAAGGGCGAGGUCGUCAAGUCAUCGCGGUAGCAAAGACAUGUCAUUUGAUUUUUAUUGUGUUGGACGUCAACAAACCUCUGACGGAUAAGAAAGUCAUCGAGAACGAACUUGAAGGUUUCGGCAUCCGUAUAAACAAAGAGCCGCCGAAUAUCGUGUUCAAGAAGAAGGACAAGGGCGGCUUAGCCAUCACCAGCACUGUUCCCUUGACGCAUAUAGACCACGACGAAAUCAAGGCAGUCAUGAACGAGUAUCGAAUUGCCUCAGCCGAUAUUGCGAUCAGAUGUGAUGCCACUAUCGAUGAUCUCAUAGACGUCCUCGAAGCGAAGAGUCGAAGCUACAUCCCAGUGAUAUAUGCUCUUAACAAGAUCGACGCAAUCUCCAUCGAGGAGCUUGACCUCCUCUAUCGCAUUCCAAAUGCCUGUCCGAUUAGCUCUGAGCAUGGGUGGAAUAUUGACGAGCUACUUGAGCAGAUGUGGGAAAAGCUCAAACUGAAACGUGUUUACACCAAACCCAAGGGCAAGCAACCAGAUUAUACCGCGCCGGUGGUUCUCAGACAAAAUGCGUGCACGGUUGAAGAUUUCUGCAAUGCCAUCCAUAAGACCAUUGUGGAGCAGUUCAAACAAGCCAUCGUUUAUGGACGCUCAGUGAAACAUCAGCCUCAGAGAGUUGGAUUGUCGCAUGAGCUUGCAGACGAAGACAUCAGUAAGUUUGACGAGAUGGUGCUCCCUUAUAAGUGA